UUAGAGCCAUAGACUUCAGUUUGAGAAGGAAAUUGCUUCAGUGUGCCAACCUUGCGUAAAAGACGUCUGUGUAAUGUGAAAUUGCGUGAACGACUGUCACGGAAGUCUUGAAACGUGCUGUUGUCAUUUUCCUAUGAACGGAGCAGAAAGGAAGUAUUUUCAGUUAAAGUGUUAAUUGAACUGGAUUUUCGUUAAGGAUCAUACGCAGAGAAACUCAAGACUCGUUAUUUCAGUUGCACUAAGUUCAUUAUGGCUACUGAGGGAGACCCAACUGACUUCAUUAAAGUGCUUCAUCUUUUAGUGAUUUCGUUCACCUGGGGAAUGCAAGUUUGGGUGUCUUUCAUAGCAGGUUUUGUGCUGAUUUCUCAGGUAUCCAUGCACACGUUUGGUCUUGUGCAAAGCAAGUUGUUUCCAUUUUAUUUCUACUGUCUGUUGGGCGGCAAUGCUGUCAAUCUGGCCAUUUAUGCAGUGUACCACCCUAGAGAACUGCUGGACUGGCACGAGGGCGUACAGAUGACUCUGUUCUUUGUGUCUGUGAUCAUGGCCGGUUUGAACACACAGUGGUUCGGGCCGUCUGCCACAGAGAGCAUGCUGGUUAUGCAAGAGAUCGAGAAGGAACAUGGUCUGGGAGGUCAGGUGGGCAUGAGCUCCAAUAAGGAAGGAUACACCAAACUCCGCGAGCAGGAUCCGAAAUACAAGGAACACAGAACCACUUUCUACCACUAUCAUGGUUUGUCCAACCUCUGUAACCUCGUAGGAUUUUUCGCCACUACCACAAAUCUAAUAUAUCUGGCUUUACAUCUGGGAACUAUUUGAGCAUUUAAUAUGAGCGUUGCAUAAAGUCUUACAUGAAGUACAUGAAGCAAACUGACAGGCAGAUAUUUUAGAGAAUUCUCCUGUGCAUGUUCUCUUGUUUAUUUUUGAAAGGUUGUCUUGUGUAACAAUAAUGCUUCUAGUUUGAAUACAGUGAGUGUCCUUAAUAUUACCAAUACCAACAAACUGUGCCAUGCUGAGAAUCUUUAAAGGGAUAGUUCACUCAAAAAUGAAAAUUCUCUCAUCAUUUACUCACCUUCAUGCCAUCCCAGAUGUGUAUGACUUUCUUUCUUCUGCUGAACACAAAUAAAGACUUUAGCUCUGUAGGUCCAUACAAUACAAGUGAAUGGUGACCAAAUCUUUGAAGCUCCAAAAAGCACAUAAAGGCAGCAUCAAAGUACAUUUACAUUUAUGCAUUUGGCAGAUGCUUUUAUCCAAAGCGACUUACAGUGCCCUGAUUACAGGGACAGUCCCCCUGGAGCAACCUGGAGUUAAGUGCCUUGCUCAAGGACACAAUGGUGGUGGCUGUGGGAAUUGAACCAACAACCUUCUGCUUACCAGUUCAGUGCUUUAGUUCAGUGCUUUUUACACCACCACCACUACACUAAGUAAUCCAUAAGACUAUUUAUGUAUUCAGAAGCGAUAUGAUAAGUGUGGCUGAGAAACAGAUCAAUAUAUGUCCUUUUUUACUAUAUGCACAAACAAUUUUAAUCGCCAAAAACAAAAUAUUGAAUAUUGAUUAACUUAAAUAUUGAUCUGUUUCUCACCCACACCUAUCAUAUAGCUUCUGAAGACAUGAACUUAACCACUGGAGUCGUAUGGAUUACUUUUAUGCUGCCUUUAUGUGCUUUUUGGAGCUUCAAAUUUCUGGUCACCAUUUACUUGCAUUGUGAGGACCUACAGAGCUGAAAUAUUCUUCUAAAAAUCUUUGGGUGAACUAUCCCUUUAAGGGGACACUAAAGCAGAAGAACCUAUUAUUUUCAUAUCGCAAUUUUACGAGAAUAUUUGUAUGCUUUAAAAGUAUUCUUUUACACUGUCACAUUUAUCUGGUUGCAGAUAAAGCAUAUUGCAGUUCAGACAUAGAAAAUAUAAUUUUUAAGGGAUGCUUGCUAUAUUUCUCCCUAUCUAAAAAUAAAGUUCUGUCAUCAUUUACUCGCCCCCAUGUUGUUCCAAACCCAUUUGACUUUCUUCAGUGGAACACAAAAGUAAAAUAGUAAUAAUGAUAAAGGUAGUUAAUACGGCUUGUGCGCUAUAUUCCAAGUCUUCUUGAAUCAUACGAUAGCUUUGAGUGAAGAACAGACUACAUAUUUUUCUUACAGGUUGUGGAAUGACAUAAGGGAACUAUAAUGUUUCAAUGUGGGUAAUUGCACUGAAGAUGUUGCUUAUUGUAAACAGAAUAUCUAACUCUAUUUAAAUGCAGUAGUUAUAAUAUAGCUUUUUAUGACUGCUUUGAGUAUGUGUUUUAUAUUUGUUGAACAAUACAAUGAACAAUCCAUAUAUUUUUCCACUAGAAGGCUGUUUGCGAAAAAUAAGUGGACCCAUCUUAGGCUUGUCUAUUUCAAUGCAUUUAUGAGCCUGUUUACAUGUUUUAUUGAUUGAAUGACACUAAAAAGGAAAUUAAAUUGUAUAAAAAAGCAAAGCAGUAUAAAUGUGAACAAACCUUUGAUAAUUGUUGUACAUGUAAUGUUUAAACAGAUAAGUGAACUUACUUCCUGUCAUCAGUUUGUACAUAGAGACUUGUUAAACAUUCCUGUGCUAUUGUGAUGUCACAAAAGUGCAAUUGAGUGGAAUGUUCUCUGUAUUAAUUCUAGCCUUUGUUUGAACUUCAGUGAGUAAUUGGAGUAUACAUAUCAAUGUCUGUCCAUCUGAAAAAGAUCACUUUAAAUCACUGAAUAUAAAGCAUUAAAAACCAGAUAUCAACAGGCA